AUGUCGCCAGAUGGCGCCGGGAACUUGAUCUCGACGAACCCCGCCUUGUCGGAGUUGACUGUGGCAUGCCUCAACGGCAUUGACGACUGUGUUAUCGGCGGGCCAUUGGACCAAAUCAGCGAGUUCCAGGGACACUGCAAGGCGUGGAAGAUUAAGACAAAGGUUUUGGACGUUCCGUUUGCUUUCCACACCAAGGCUAUGGAUCCAAUCUUGGACGAUCUUGAGGCACUUGGACGGUCGAUCGGCUUUGCGACGCCUACAAUACCCAUCAUUUCCAACGUAUUCGGAUGCUUUUUUCAGGCAGAGCAUCUUACUGGAAACUAUUUUGCGCUCCACGCAAGGGAGCCGGUGCGCUUUUCGGAAGGUCUGUUGGAUUUACAAUCAAGCGUCCCGCUUCACAACGCGCUAUUCCUCGACAUCGGCCCUCAUCCCAGCACAACCCCCAUGGUUCGGGGCUUGAAUCAACAUGGCUCCUCCACAUAUCUCGGAACGUUGCAAAAGAGCCAGAAAGCGUGGGAAUCGAUCAGUGCGACCCUAGCCAGCAUCUCCCUGCUGAAGAUACCUGUCAACUGGCGCGAGGUCUUUGCUGGGACAUCUGCGAGGAUGUUGUCCGGUUUACCUGGGCAUCCCCUAAAGGGCCCGAAAUUCUUCGUCCCUUAUCGGGAACAACUCCAGAGUGUUGAACAAGGCGAGACAUCAUUGCCGUCUCUUCGCACAAAGACCAGAUUCAACCUAUUGCCAUGGCUGAAGCCUCAGCCGGCUCCGAGCGAUACAUUCGUGUUCGAGACGACGUUACAAACUCUGGGUCUCCUCAUCUCAGGGCAUGACGUCGGGGGAACCGCAAUCUGUCCGGCUUCGCUCUUUCAUGAGCUUGCUUUGGAGGCAGUCGAGACAGCUAUCCCACCACUCGUCAGCCAGACCUUGGUCGUCACCAACAUGGUCUUUGCCAGUCCUCUGGUCUAUAAGCCGUCAAAAGAAGCAAAUGUUUCUGUGCACUUGACGAAGCAUACGUCAGACGACGGCGCAGACUUCAAAGUUUCUUCGACUUCAGCUAGCGAUCCAACAGAAAACCUUCACUGCACCGGUGUCGUAUCCCUACGAGAUCAACACGUAUUUGACUCUCGGCAGAUCAAAGAUGCAGCGCUUAUGAGGAGACAAAAGCAAUACUUUGACACAGUUGGGAAAGAACACAGCAGCAUUUUCCGAACUCGGGUGCUGUAUGAAGUUGUCUUCCCACGCGUGGUUCGGUACUCUCCCGAAUACCAAAGCAUACACCAUCUCAGAGUGAGCGACUCGAACCUGGAAGGCAUUGGGUCGUUCAAACUUCCUCAAGAAUCUGGGACGGGCUACAUCUCGCACCCUGUCUUCACUGACUCAAUUCUGCACACGGCUGGCUUCAUUGCAAACACCGCGGUCAAGGACGAAGAUGUGUGCAUAUGCGCGCGAGUUGACGCAGUGGAGAUAUCCUAUCGUGACAUGGAUUUUGGAGGCACCUUCCAGAUAUACUGCAGUCUUCUCGAAGUCAAGGGUGCUUUCCUCGCAGAUGCCAUCGUCAUGGAUACUUCCGGGCAAGUAAUUGCCGCCGUCAGGGGCAUGGAGUUCAGCAGACUUCGUUUGUAUACGUUCCAGCAGAUGCUGGCCCGCACCAAUACCCCCCCUGAGUCACGCACCCAGUCCACCCAAGACGUUGACAUGGCACUGAAAAAGAUUGUCAUGGACGUUGGUGGCUUCUCCAUUGAAGACAUGGAUUACAACAAGCCAUUAGACGAGCUGGGGAUUGACUCUCUCAUGCAGAUCGAGAUUGCAUCCGGACUGGCGCGAGCAUUCCCAUUCGCAGACAAGACGAAUCAUCGUACUCUGUCGCAAUGCGAAACCUUGGGGUCCUUGGAGAUUGCUUUGGGGCUUAUGCUGCAGUCCUCUGUGGAACCUACUUCCGUUGUCGGAAGCCCCAUGAUGGUCAACGAACAGCCUCCAGGUUCACCAACUCCAGCCCCGUUGACCCGGGUUUUGUCUGACAGCAUCGGGGACAAUCCAGUUGCGCUGCACACAUCUCACCGAGAAACGACGCCGCUGUGUUUGUUCCAUGAUGGGAGCGGACAGACCACCACGUACGCCAGGCUAAGGGGUUACGAUCGCGAUGUAUUCGCUUUUUUUGAUCCGUCAUUCGGGAGCACCAAGAAAUGUUACGAAAGCAUACCUCAGAUGGCUGAAGAUUACGUGUCUCUCCUGUCAAAGUCUACGCAUUUCCCAUUGAUGGUCGGCGGGUGGUCUUUUGGUGGGGUCGUGGCGUUCGAAGCAGCAAGACAGCUGCUUUCCAAGGGGUUCGAGGUCAAGGGCCUGGUGUUGAUCGACUCGCCGAGUCCCGUCAACCACAAGCCACUCCCGAAGGAGAUUAUUACCGGCAUAACAAGAUCCAACAGAUCAGAUGGCCAGCCCCAGGAAGGAAAGCAUAAUGCUGCACUAGAAGAAGAAUUUCAACGGAACGCGUCUCUUCUCGAACGCUACGGUGCAGAUCCAUCUGCAAUGGCACGCAUGCCAGGCUUGAAAACCGUCAUGCUGAGAAGUCAAGACGUUAUGGACACUGAGAGUCUUGUGGGUUUGCGUUACGACUGGCUGAGCAAUCAGAAUGACCGAGAUGCUUCCAUCGCCGCCUGGGAGAAUCUAGUUUGCCGUCACAUCAAGGUGCUUCCUAUCCCAGGAAAUCAUUUCGAAGCAUUCAGCCCUGCAAACAUUGCCGAGACCGGUUCACAACUUUGGAAGGCCUGUCAGCAUAUUGAAAGUUCCUAG